AUGAGGAUACUUUUUUACCGCGAGUAUCGAUGGACGUUGAAGCACAAGAAGUUAGUCGAAGCAUCAUAGGAAUGAACUGGAGUCACAACUGAGUCGCUGGACUCUGUCUAGAUUCCUCUUGGAUGAGCAAUCUUAAGACUUCAACUGGAUCCCAUCCUUUACCCUUGUCUGAGUGAAGGGGCCAUUGGUGGACUCUUUCUCUCAAUCUCCACAGAAGGCCACCAUGAGCGAAGUUGUCAUUGUGAAGGAGGGAUGGCUUCACAAAAGAGGAGAGUACAUUAAAACAUGGAGGCCGAGGUACUUCUUGCUAAAAAGCGAUGGCACGUUUAUCGGGUACAAGGAACGGCCACAGGAUGUUGACCAACUGGAAACACCGCUCAAUAAUUUCUCAGUGGCACAAUGCCAACUGAUGAAGACAGAGAGGCCCAAGCCCAACACCUUCAUCAUCCGCUGUCUGCAAUGGACUACUGUUAUUGAACGGACCUUCCAUGUGGAUACCCCUGAAGAAAGGGAGGAGUGGACGAAGGCCAUCCAGGCCGUAGCGGAUGGACUCCAGAAGCAGGAGGAGGAGAGGAUGGACUCUUCGCCUGACCCCAUGGACAUGGAGAUGUAUCUGUCCAAACCUCGACACAAAGCGACAAUGCAUGACUUUGAAUACCUCAAACUCUUGGGAAAAGGCACUUUUGGGAAAGUCAUUCUGGUGAAAGAGAAAGCUACGGGCAAAUACUACGCCAUGAAGAUCCUGAAAAAGGAAGUGAUCGUAGCAAAAGAUGAGGUGGCACACACCCUUACAGAAAACAGAGUGCUGCAGAGUUCCAAACACCCUUUUUUAACAGGUCUUAAGUACUCCUUCCAGACCCAUGACCGCCUGUGUUUUGUCAUGGAGUAUGCAAAUGGAGGGGAGCUUUUCUUUCAUUUAUCGCGGGAUCGGGUAUUCACGGAGGAGCGGGCGCGAUUCUAUGGGGCAGAAAUUGUUUCGGCUCUUGAUUACCUCCACUCGGAGAAGAACGUCGUCUACAGAGACCUGAAGCUGGAAAACCUAAUGCUGGACAAAGACGGCCACAUUAAGAUCACAGACUUUGGCCUGUGUAAGGAGGGGAUCACUGACGGAGCCACCAUGAAGACCUUCUGUGGUACACCAGAGUAUCUGGCUCCUGAGGUGCUGGAGGACAAUGAUUACGGCCGGGCGGUGGACUGGUGGGGGUUGGGCGUGGUCAUGUACGAGAUGAUGUGCGGCCGACUGCCUUUCUACAACCAGGACCACGAACGUCUGUUUGAGCUCAUCCUGAUGGACGAGAUCCGAUUCCCUCGAACCCUUGGUCCCGAGGCAAGGUCCCUGCUGUCUGGGCUUCUUCAGAAGGACCCAAAGCAGCGGUUAGGUGGAGGUCCUGAUGACGCUAAAGAAAUCAUGCAGCAUCGGUUCUUCGCUGGCAUAGAGUGGCGAGACGUUUAUGAGAAGAAGCUUGUCCCACCAUUCAAGCCCCAGGUGACUUCAGAAACGGACACUCGAUAUUUUGACGUGGAGUUCACAGGGCAGACUAUUACCAUCACACCCCCAGGACAAGAUGACAGCAUGGAGUCCUUUGACAGUGAUAGAAGACCUCACUUCCCUCAGUUCUCCUACUCUGCCAGUGGCACAGCAUAA